AUGCUCGUGCGUAUAAACGAAAUAUUGAAUGGGGCCUUGAUCGAAGAGGAGGACCAAGAUCCUUCACUGUCAAAGGAAGCUGGCGGAGACUUCGAUGAAGAGGCGAUGGAUGAGACGUUCAGCAUGAAAUUUGUCGAUAAGCAAACUAAUCUUGACAAGGAGCUCGAUGAUGUAAUGCAGCAAAUCAAGGACAAGGAAGAGUUGCUACAAAAGGCAAUAGAAAGUCAAAAAAAUGUUGACGACUUGAUGAAGCAGCAUAAGCAAGAAAUGGCAAGUCUUCAACAGAGGAUUGAUGCUCUCAUGGCUGAGAAAGCAAAACUUGAAGCGGAUCUGAAAAAGUUCUCUAUCAAUAACAAGCUAGCUGAGGAACGAAGAAGAAAAUUGGUGGAAAUGGAAAAGCAGUUGGCUCAAUUUAAGAAGCAGAUGAAUGAAAUGAAGAGAUUAGAGAAACAGAAGCAGCAAAGCGAAGAAAUCCAGAAACGAAUGCAAGCUGAAAUUGCUACGUUGAAGCAGGCGAAAGUACGCAUGGUAAAACAGCAAAAAGAAGAAGCGGAAAAGUACCGCCAGUGGAAAUUGAAACACGAUCGAGAAUUGAUCCAAGUGAAACAAAAGGAGCGUAAAAGAGAUUUCGAAGCAGCUCGUGAGAAAAGAGUUCAUGAUCAACAAAUGUUGGUUUGCAAACAAAAGCUGGAAGAAGCAAAAAAUGUCAACAAGCGUUUAUUAGCUCAAAUGGAACGAAGCGCAGCGUUCUCACGUGAAAAAGCCGACUCUGAGAAGACCGUUGAUCAAGCUAAGCGGUUCAUCGAAGCUGAACUAUCGCUUAUCGGAAGCUCCUACGAGGCAGAGCAAAUGUGCCAGUCCUUGAAAGAUCAGAGGAGGCAACUUGGACGGAAGAAAGCUCGUUUAUUGCUGCAAAGAGAACUCUAUGUGUCUCCCGAUGAACCAUUGAAGAAGCGACGAUCUACAGAGGAAGGAUAUGAUCUCUCUGCCGAAGAUAAAGAAGCAUUGCAGAAAAUAGAAGAAGAUUUGGAGAAGAUCGAUCAUCAACAGAUGCUAUGGUGA